AUAUGCUGCCUGUUGCAAACAAUCCAGAAGAGCAGGCUAAUGAAGAAGAAUUGCGCGAUCAGGCUGCCGAUAUUCCUCAAGCUCGUAAUCAUAAUUUGAGAAAUCAUGCACGUCGUCAUCGUGAGAUGUUCGAGAGAGCAAGAGCUAACAGAAGACUUCAAGCGGAUCGUGGCGCUCAGGCUGCACGUGAACGUGGUGGCCCUGCUGCUGGACGCGCACAACUUGGACGUGCUCGGGCACGUGAAGCUCUAGCUAGAGCUAACAAUGCGAGACAGGCGCUACAACCUGAUGCUGCAGUUCUCGAGGCUUUGGAUGAGAUCAAUGGCAUUGAUUUCGAUGAUGAAGAAGUUCCAAAUCGACGUGAUGUUCGCCAAGAUCCCCAAGUCCUUGAGUUUGCCAAUUUAUUUCCACGAUUGAUCGCCUUGGACCCACAUGAUGCACAACUUGCGAAUCAAAAUCUGGCAAGGAUGGCCCGUCACUUAGCACCAGAGAAUUACAUUCGGGUGGCUAGAAGAGAGCAAAGACAAUCAUUCAUGUGCGGGAUUUGCAAGAGUAGCGUCCACAAUGUUGCAUUUCUUAACCACUUGGAUACCUGCGCUGCAAGCAAAGGAGCAUGCAAAAUUAUGAAAGAUAUGGAAUACCACCAUUUCUUGUCCAGCACCUACAGCCUUCGUCAACAGUUGUACAAGUUGAGAGAGAGACUUGAACUCGAAUAUUUUGAGGCAAGAGUCAAUCCGGAAAGAUUGGAACACAUGGAGUGUGCAGGUUGCAUAACUUGUGCCGAGCAUUUGCUUGGUGCAUGUAUGCCAAACAUGCAAAGAGAUGUGUAUCAAAUUCAUGCCAAUAAGAUCGAAAAGACCGUUAUGGCACAUUUCGAGCAGUUUCUAGAACUCACGAAAGAAGACGGACUCGGCGAAAUUAUUUCGAAGCACACCGCUCACUUUGACUCCAUCCAAGAUUGCAUUGAAGAUGGACCUACAGACUUUGACGAGCUUCAGGAAACUCAAAACAGACGCCAUGGGACUUGGUACGAAUUUCGCAAGGAUACCGUUGAAGAGCAGCAAUUGGAAAAGAACAAGUACUUGGAAGAAACCAUUGAGAAGCAUUUGGUGAAGUAUCGCAGCCAUCGAACUGAGGUUACCAAACUUAUUGGCUUGUUCAUGGACAAAAUGCUUGCCUGUAUUGAAGAGCUGAAAAACAGCCCGCGUCUUGCUCGCAUCAUUCAGCUGAGAAGAGUUCACUGCAUUGAUCCUAUCCGUGGUCAAGUUCCGCUUGAGGGAGAGGCCGAAGAAAUUGAGGACGAUGAAGAAGACAUCAAUGCGGUGGUACAGGCUGAGGAAUUCUUGCAACUCGGAAUCAUUUGAUUUGUUUUCAAUAUCCAUACUACCAAUCAUUCAAGUCUUGAAUUAUAUUCAUUAAACACUCUUCUCAUUCAAAUACAAAUAGGAGUUCAAUACGCCAACAGUUAUUCGUCUUGGUACUUCUCUUUUUUCUAUGGUUGUAAUUUACAUAACUUAUCACGUUUAUUCCUUGCAAUAUUUUUCGCCAUCUCUUCCCAAAGUUCAUCUGUGACAUCAUUUCUUCAGUGUAAUUUAUAUUCUCUCACAAUCCAAAUUUUGUCAUUUCAUGUUUUCAUUUCAUACAGGAUUCACGAUCUCUUGUGAGUGAAUUCCAAAUAUCCAAAUACUUGUCACUUUUUCCCUGUACUUUGUUUCAUAUCAACCCGAAGCUUAACAUUAUUUUAUUUAUUUCACUCGAACUAUUGAUUUCAAUAUCUUGACCGUGAUUGUUUUCAAAAAUUGUUUGCCAUUUCUGACCCUGUUUCUCACUGUUUCCCACUGUAAGUCCAUUUCCCGGCGUGAAUUCUUUCUCCAUGUGAUUUUUCAAAUACAUAAAUUUUUGAUGGG